AUGAGUUGCAUGCCAUGGAAGGGUGACAAGACCAAAACGGAAUCACCAGAGCCACCCCAGCUACCACCACUGCAUAUUUACCAUGAGAAGCAGCGUAGGGAGCUGUGUGCCCUCCAUGCCCUCAACAAUGUCUUCCAGGACAGCAACGCCUUCACUAGGGAAACCCUGCAGGAGAUUUUUCAGAGGCUGUCUCCCAACACCAUGGUGACGCCCCACAAGAAGAGCAUGUUGGGAAAUGGAAACUAUGAUGUGAACGUGAUCAUGGCAGCACUUCAGACCAAAGGCUAUGAGGCGGUUUGGUGGGACAAGCGCAGGGAUGUUAACGUCAUUGCCCUGUCUAACGUGAUGGGCUUCAUCAUGAAUCUGCCCUCCAGCCUUUGCUGGGGCCCCUUGAAGCUCCCCCUCAAACGACAGCACUGGAUCUGCGUUCGGGAGGUGGGAGGCACCUACUACAACCUCGACUCCAAACUCAAGGUGCCCGAAUGGAUUGGAGGUGAAAGUGAGCUCAGGAAAUUUUUGAAACACCAGCUGAGAGGAAAGAACUGUGAACUCCUGCUGGUGGUGCCAGAGGAGGUGGAAGCACAUCAGAGCUGGAGAGCUGACGUGUGA